UCGUCAUUAAAUAUUGUCGAAUGGUUUCUAAGGCAACUUAUUAGAAUUAUAAUCAUAAGAAGAUAAAUGGAUUAUAACUCUUUAAAAAUCACCCGCCUAAGAUUAAUCUUGUUAUAAAAUCAGGACGUUCAACUCUCGAAUUCUGAGUUUACUUCUCGUUCGACAUGAGCGAAUUUUUAGUUCGGUUUAGUUUCGUCUUUUUAAUUUUCUAGGUCAUCAUCAUGUACUCUGCUCUCUCUUAUUAAACGUUAUUACUUAAUGAUACACACUAAAUGACUUUACGUCGCAUUUUAUAUAUUUUAACAUUAAUAUCCGCUUUAAUUUUUUUUUUCGCAGCUAAUCAGUGGUGUGGCCCAUGAUUUGGAUUUGAUGCUACAGGACUUAUUCCCUGAUGCAAGCCUGUUACCACUUACAGAUCAGUAUGGAUAUCCCACACACUUCUCCCCUGAUGACCCCUUUGUUUGCCACACCGCCCUCUUCGAGCAGUUCAUGCGAGGAACUGCUGACAGCGGCAGCAGGGAUGCCCCACACUCUGAAUCCUCAGGUGAAUACAGAACCAGUCAGUCACUUGCAGGAAUUGGAGGAGCUUCCACUUCCGAGGUUUCUGAUGGUAGGACUACUCCCUCCGCUGCUUCUAUAUCUCCGCCAUCUCCUCCUCCUCGUACAACUCCUCUCUCAAUUUAUUCUUCUCAAAUACAACCUGGUGGUGGAGCUUCAGAGGAGACAGGGGCAGAGACUACUACAUCAGUUAGUUCUAUACAAGAGACAUCUGAAGAAGAUAGUAGCAGAACAAGUAGCAGUUUUGCACCCUGUGACAUUGGUUUGCUUGAAAGGUUAAUUCGUACUCAUCCAAUCUGGUUUUUACCUGGAAUUGGUCGAGCAGGUGCUGUGCAUUUACUCCAAGGAAAAGAAGUUGGGACAUUCAUUGUAAGACAGUCAAGUAAACCCAAUACUAUGGCUUUAUCUGUAAGAUUGCCAGAAAAUAGAGGACCCUAUGUAGAACAUUAUUUAAUAGAAGCAAUUGGAGAUGGGAAAUUACGAUUAGAAGGAUCUGAUAAUCAUUUUCAUGCUAUUCCAAUGUUGGUUGUUCAUUAUUAUCAAUGCUGUGACGAGUUACCAGUUCAGUUAACAUUACCCUCUCCUCUUGCUCAAGCAAUGUCUCGUCAAGAAUUAUCAUCAUUGGGAUUAUUAGGACAAGAUUUUUGGCUUUCCAGCCUUGUUCAAAGUCCUACUGUUUCAUUUGCUGGUCCUACUUCAGCUUUUCUUCCAGUUUCUUCGAAUCAUUCACUUCCAAGUCAUUCUAGUGCACCACAUUCUUCUUUUAGGCCUGUUCAAGGCAGGUCUCCAACCUCAUCUUUUACUAAUUCAUUAAUGAAUUCUUCUCAGCCACAAUGUUCAAGUUCUUCAGGGCCUCCUCCUCCAAUUCCACAGGCUCCAAAACCACCACCAAGAAAUGUUCCUCCUCCACCACCACCUCCACCCAGAUCUUUCAUUCCAAUGAGAAGUUCAGGUUCUGCUACAAGAAUGUCAUCAAUGGAUAUGCAUUCAGUGACAGUGGCAUCUAAUGGAACUACAUCUGUCAUUCAAGAAGAUACCAGUACUAAUAAAGAAAAUGCUACAAGGGUUUCUCCCCUUCAUUCUGUGCAGCAUAAUACCAAAUCUAAUUUAGAUACCAAAAGUGAUCCUAAAAUCAAACAAGUUGCUCAUUAUAAACAGUCUAACAUUGUAGAGUCAAAACAAUCAUAUUAUCGUAGUAGUUUAGCAGAUAAGAUUAGUGAUUAUGAAGAUAUUUGGGGGUCUCCAAUCCCUAGUGAUAAAGAUCGAAAAUCAGAUUUUACAACUUUUAAAUCAUCAGAAACUAAUAGUAACAGUCGCCAAAUACACCGUCCUAAGAGAGAAAGUGCUGCAAUCAAACUUUUGCAACUGAAACUGCAACAAAUGGUUAAUGAAGAAACACAGACUGAUUUAGAAGAUGAAGAUGAUUAUAACGAUUCCAAUAUACAGUUAUAUUCAUCUGAUAAAAGUGAUAUUAGUGAACCUUGCACAAGUCAUGGUUCAAAGACUGGAAAUGUAUCUUGGCUUAAACAAGGAAACAAUUCUGAUUCAAUUAUUGAUUUUCCCUCAGAAGCACAAUUUACUAGUCCAUUUUAUGCAGAACCUGUGGAUUCUAUAAAAUAUCCAUUUGAAAACGAAUUUUCUCAUGAUAGGCUACUUAAAGACACAAAUACCACAGGAAGGCGACUUUUAAAUCAUCGAUUUUCAGAUCCAAAUAUUCACUGGCCUCCUUCAUCUUCAGGAGUAGGGGUAUUACAAAGAAAAGACUCACCUAAUACAAAUUUAUGUCCAGAAGAAAAUGGAAUAAGCUUGUCUUCCAGUUUAGAAAAUUUGAAAGCCUUGCGUUCCACUCCAUUACACAGGCGGCACCAAAGUUUAAGUGUAUCAGCUCAUUGGUUACAGCAGUCUCAACUUGGAUCUCCUAAUGAAAAUUCAAAAAGAGAUGUUGAAACACAGGUAACACCUCAGGAAAUUCAAAAUAAUUCAAAAAAUGAUAGAACUUUGUUGAUGUCUUCAUCAAAAAGUAGAGAACUUGAAUCAACUUGGGCUGUUGAUUCAUCAUGGGAAUGGUUAGUAAAUGAUGACAGUAGUGAAGAUGAACAUUUUCCUUUAGAUUCCCGCUUUCCCACAGAUAUUAAGAAAAAAAGUGACGAUAAUCAAUCAACUGAUGCAACUACUGUUGAAGAGUUGAUUUCACCUGAUCUCAGAGUACCUCAAACAAGAUUAUUAACUCAAAGUAAUUUAAUGAGAGUGUCUGAAUAUGAUAAUCUGGGAGGAAAAAUGGAAUCAUCUCCAGUACAUCAUCAACAACAAAUAAACGAAAUAAUGGAUGAUACUGCAACUGAAUUUUCAGAGCCUUGGGAUAGUCUUAGAUGGGAACGGCUUUUACGACUUGUGAUAUCUGAAAAAGAAAUAAAUGAAGACAUUGCAUUGAAAGAACAACAAGAAAAUAAUAAAAAUGUAUUUUGUGAGACAAACAGCAGAAAUGGAAAGCGGGAUGAUGCAGCAAUAAUGGCAUUUGAAGAUAGUGAAAAUGCUUCAGUAAUAAGUGCUAUCAGUGGAAGUAUAGAUGAUACUUCAAUUUCCGAAUAUCCAACUAUGACUGUUGAUAAAGAACGUAGUAAAAGUUUUCAGGAACGACUUGAGCCCUUACUUGCUGCCCAAAGAGUUGUUGCUCUGAGGAAUAAAAACACCAGAGUAGGAGAUAAUAUCAGACAGUAUAUAUUUAGUGUCAGGGGAACUAAAGUGUUAGAUAGUGCUGUGGUUGAUAGUGAGAGUGAUAGUAAAGAACUUUUAGAAUCUGCUGCCAAACAGAGACAUAAAUGGAGGAAAUCUGAAGAUUUUUCAUUUACUGUAGAUAUUAUGAAACGAUAUAAAGCAGGACAGAAUUUGCAUAUUCUUGCUAAUCCAGCUCUUAAUAAUCAAUCUUCUCAAUUACUCUGCGUACUUCCUAAAAGAGAUUUUGAAACUGAAGUUAACACUUUCUUGUUUCAGUUAAGACCAAAUGAAUUUUUGAAUAUAGAUGCUAUUACUGAAGGUGCACUACAUAAACUUGUGAUAAAGCCUCUUAAAAGUUUUAUUUAUCAACUCUUUGUUAAUGAAUAUACUAGCACUUCAUCGGAUGAUUCUUCGAGUCAAAAUUUCCUGCCAAUAUUUAUCUAUGUUCUUGUACAAUGUGGAAUUAUUGCUGCUGAAAUAGAAGCAGAUUACAUGUGGGGUCUGCUUCAUCCCUCUCUCUUAUCCGGUGAAGGUGGAUACUAUCUUACAACACUCAGCAGUGCCGUCCAUGUGUUGAAAAACUUUCAGACAUGUAACCAAGAUGCUAGUCAAACUCAUUCUCCUUCAUUUACAUCAACUACCCAAAUGUUUGACAAAUCUCCUAAGCAGUCACCACUGGAAUCCCGUAAGCCAAGCAUAGCUGAUCUUCAAGGCUUUAUGAAAAUAGUUAUUCCAGAUGAAUUAACUGGAAGUAUUAUAUCAAAAACUUUUCCUGUCAGACCAAAUAUGACUACAAAAGAAGUUUGUAAAAUGAUUGCACAUAAGUUUAAUAUAACUAAUCCACAAGAUUAUUGUCUCUUCAAAUUAGUAAAGGGGGAAGAAACACAGUUAGGUGACAAUGAGUGUCCUCAAACUGUGAAAGAAGAAUUAUCUGUAAGUGGAGCAGAAUGUGCAUUUGCUUAUAAAAGAUGUGAUGCUAAAUUUGUCUGGCCUCUUCUGGAAAGCAGCUGAACAAACUUGGAGCAUCUCAUAAUUGCAAAAAUUGAAGCUGAAGUCAAAUUAUAAAUAUGCAUUUUGAGCAAUGUAUAGUUAAUGUGUUUAAAUAUUAAUUUGAUUGUCAGUUUUCUCUUAAUCCAUAUUAAUUUUGGAAACAGUGAAUACUUUGACAUAAAUACAAAAAAGUAUCACUAUGUCUUUCAUACAGUUUAUUCUAAAACAACCAAAAAAAUUCGAAUUUUCAUGAAAAUAUAUGCCAUAUUACAGUCUAAUUCAGCAACUGUGGAGUGCAAGAAAUGUAUUUUAGAAAAUGUUUUGAAAUUAGGGAAAUAUGUGUUUUGCAUAACAAAGUAAAUGAUUAUUGCAGUGACAAAAAUAGAUGCUUGAUAGUUCAUGAAAUUUUAUAUAAAUCAUUCUCUCUUUAUUCCAAAUUCCUUCCUUCCAAUAUAUCUUUUAAUUUUUUUCUUCUACAUUAGAAUUGUAGUCUCCUAAAUGUAAAAUAUAAAUUUAUAUUUUCCAUGCAAUGGCAUUAUCCCAUUUGUAAUAAAUUUUUCAAUGGGAAAAACUAUUUCCAAUGAUAAUAGUAUCCAAAAAAUGUAAUUCAUAGAAAUGUAACUAUUUCAUUUUUAAAAAGUUUGAAAAGUUGUGAAAUUUUUAAAUAAGAUUUGUUUUGAAAUGCAAUAUACAUACAUACUUUUUUUAGAUGAAUAUCCAUUUCUUCAUUUGAAUUACCUCAAUUUUAUAAUUACAUUAAUUGUUUAGAUUUAACUGAUAGAUUUUUUAAUAUUGUUAUUUUUACUCUAUUUAAAAACAAUGUUCAGAAUACAGUAUUAUGACCAUUUGGUCAAAAUUAAUGUAUUAAAUUCAAAAUAUAGCACAUAUUUUAUUUACGUGUUCCUUGCAGAUGUUUUCUAUCAUGAGCAUUUGUUUAAAUCCUUUUUUAAAUUGCAUUAGCCUGAUAAUUAGUACUUAUUUUAAUUUUGAAAACAAUACAGUUUCUCACAGUAAUAAUAACAACAACAAUAUUAACAAAUGCAAUUUUGUUUGGGACCAUUUUAUAUUUAUAAUUGAUACAUUAAUGUAUUAAUGAAUUUAUGUAUCAAAACUAUGAAGAAAAAUGUGGUCAAAUUGAUGUAGUGUUUCCCAUUUAAUAUCUAACCACAGAAGUAGUAAAAGUGUUAAAAUACUUUUCUUAUGUGGUGACAUUCCACUUACUAGUCUAAUGUGUACUUAAUAUAUGUUAUAUUUUGCAAGUUUAAUUUAAUUGACAGUUUUAAAAUUUAACAGAAGUUUUGUAACUGUCUCAUAGGUUUACUUAUAUGUAUGUGUGUAUGUAUAUUCUACAUAUGCAUACAUAUGUAUAUUCUUUCUUGGGAUAACUUUUUUUAUAUUAAAAAAUUAUUUGUAGAGAAUUUGAAUAAUGUAAUGUGUAUUUAUAUGAAAAAUUGUCUUGUGUAAAGUAAUGCAUUCCACUUUUCUAACAACAUAUUGGCAAAUGGAUCAAAGCAUUGUGAACUUUUUCUAAUUUCAAAAGUAUUACUCAAAUAAACAGUAAUUAUUAUAAAUGGUGCUCAUAUUAAUUUUGUCACAAGCAGUACAAGAUAUAGUACUUAAAUAAUCAAAGAGCACAAUAAUCAGAUAUACAGUACUUCAGUAAGUAAUUCUUGUAUGAAACCACACUGUCGAAGUUUGUAAGAAAAUAAAAACUUUUGUUAAUUUUUGCACACACUUUUAUGUAAACAUUUAUUAUACAACACUAUAGGAACUGUGAUUGAAAACACUAGCAAGGUGCCAAAUCACUAUAGCUCUUGCAGUUUACGAUGCAACUGGUGAUGGAUAUCACUGUUCUCAUCCUUUAUAAAUACCACAAUUUUUCAGUAUCAUGCAUUUUUUUAUGUCAAACAAGCAAACAAUUUCUUUCUCAUAAAUUGUAAAAUAUAAAUUUCAGUUCUUACAUUUUGCAUGAUUUUUGUUUCAUAAAUAUCUUCUAUUACUGUUUUUAAUUUUUUGUGUGUUUUCUUUUGUACAUGUUCUGUUUUGCAAAAUGUAAUCACAUCAUGUGAAUGUCUGUGAUAUGAUAUUUGAUUAAUAUGAAAACAAAAAAUAUAUACAGCAAAAAAAAAUUUAUAAAAAAAAUUUAUUAACUGCAUUAACUGACUAAAAUAUUCAAAAUGAACUAUAUUAAAUAUUUAUCAUCAGAAAAAUUUCUCGUUGGAUGAACAUAUACUAAAACAAAUAGUAAAUAUGCAUCUUGGCUUGUAUUAUAACAUAUUUCCUUGAAUGGUUAUAUACAAACUUUCUAUUAAAAAAAAUACAAAAAAAUUAUAUAUAUAUAUUAUAUAUAUUGUAAAUGAUUCUGUUGCAUGUGGAAUGAUGGUAUUUUAUUGAUUUUUAUCAGUAUGUAUCAAGGCAUAUCUGAGAUUAUGUUUAAUUUAAAUUGGUUAUUUGUAUGAUCGAGAUCUUCCUUUAUCAUGCUCAAUCUAUGUCGUCCCAAAAGGGACUUUAUUAUUAUUAUUAUUAUUAUUAUUUAGGAAUUAUUUUGUACUCCUGUGCAGAGUAUAACAUCUUGUAUAUUUUGCAAGCUUUGAAAAUAUUAAAUACUGCCUUAUAUCAUACAUGA